CUCACCAAUUGGCAUUUUGCAAUCCUCUCUCUCCCUCCCUCCCUCCCCCUCCUCCAGUUCUGUCUGUCUAUCUCUCUAGAUAGGGAAAAUGGUAACAUUCAAGGCUACUCAUAUUGUAAAGCCUGCUGAGCCAACCCCAGAAGAGAUUACGUAUUUAAAUGCCUGUGAUCAAAUUAAGGACAUAACUCACACGCCCACAAUUUAUUUUUAUAGAAAUAAUGAUAAGUUGGAUAAUGGAGAUGCCAUUGGUGUAUUGAGGGAUUCAUUGAGCAAGGUUUUGGUAUUAUUUUAUCCACUAGCAGGGCGGCUGAAGUGGUCGGCCGAAGGUGGCAGCCGGGUAGAACUCCACUGCAAUGGCAGAGGAGUUCCUAUUCAUGAAGCUGUGUCGGAGGCGGCGGUGGAGGAUUUCGGGGAUUUCACCCCAACCCCAGAAAUUCAAGCACUGAUUCCGUCUGUAGAUUACACCACUCCGAUCGACGAAAUCCCUUUGGUUAUAGUGCAACUAACCAGGUUCAAAUGCAGCGGCGUUAGCAUUGGUUUGGGUGUCUCCCAUGUGAUGGCGGAUGGGCCAAGUGCUUUGCAUUUUGUGGACGAAUGGGCGAAGAUUGCACGUGGCGCAGAGCCUAUUAUUCCGCCAUUUCUUGAUAGGAAGGUUUGGGAAACGGAUAAACCACUGGCUUCAAGGUUCGAUCCCGCGGUGCUCCGCCCGCCGCCUUCGUUGAUCGGCGAAGAAGAUAAUAUGGAGCAACGAAAGAAGCCUAUUGCUGUGGCGUUUCUGCAUAUAACAAAAAUUCAGAUUGAAAAACUCCGGAACAAAGCCAGCAAGGAUCUGAAUCUGGAAGCCGGAAACAGCCGCGGGUACAGCAGAUUUGAAGCUGUCGCCGCUCAUAUCUGGCGGUGCACCAGCAAGGCACGGCGGCAUGUGGAGGAGCAACCAACGAGUCUCCACUUCGUUGCAGAUUUCCGCAACAAAUUGCAGCCGCCACUGCCCAAAAACUUCUUUGGCAACGCCCUUAUCCGCGUUGAAGCAACAGACUCCUCCGGCGACCUACUGUCCAGCACCAUAGGCGCGGCAGCGCGUAAAAUACGCGCCGCCGUGGAAAAGGUUACAGAUGAAACCGUAAGAGGGUACCUCGAUUUCCUCAAGGGAUUACCCGACGUAGGCCGAUUCCGUUCUCUCGACAACAAUGGCCGUCCGAAGGGAGAUUUCUAUGGAAAUCCUAAUUUGGCAAUAAUCAGCUGGACGGCGCUGCCACUCUACGGCGCCGAUUUUGGGUGGGGAAAGGAAAUCCAUAUGGGGCCUGGAUCAAUGGGCUUUGAUGGGAAAACUUUCAUAAUUCCUAGCCAUGAUGGUGAUGGAUCUUUCAAUAUAGCAAUAUGGCUGCAAGAAGAAAACAUGGGUGCUUUCAAGAAAUGUUUCUACGAUGAUAUUUGAUUGAUUUAUCCUUUUCUUUUUUUAACCAAUCUUAAGGUUAAUCCCAUUUUACUUUCGCGUGGAUCUCUUUUCUUUUCUAGUGGUAUGUUUGGUCUUGCUUAAAAGUAAACUUUUGGCAGCCUUCUCUAAAAAUUAGUUUUGUAUUGAAAAAUAUUUGCAUUUGACGUGUCUAGGACGAUAGAUUCAUGACAAUUGCGUUGCGUCAAAUGACAAAUUUGACUGACUAUUAUUGUUUGUAUAACUAACUCGUCAAAAAUGACUAGAAAAUUUAUAUGUUGAGCCUCUA